CGUCACAUGAAAUUAACCGACUGCUAGCAACACGCGGUCGAGAUAUGCGGUAGGCACAGAAAUUCAACGCGUGUUUCUGGAUUACGUAUUUCGUGUCAUAUUACAAAUCGCUCGUAGCCUUUAUCCUUGUGACUCCUAGUUCUUUCGUGAUUCGUAAGUAUCCCCGAAUCUACUUACGUUUCGCCGCAAAUGCUCGGCUGAUUUUUGCCGUUUAUUUACACACGCACGGCGCGCGUUUUCGCCGUUGGGACACACUUGCCUCCGUCGGAUUCGCAAUCGCGUAGCAAGAUCUCGCGCGCUUCUCUUCUCGCUUGUCUCGACGUUUUUAUGUAUUCUGCAAAAUACAUCGCGUCGCGAAUGCAAUCGCCUUCGAUAGAAUUUUACGAACGUUAACGCGCACUUUAUCUCGUGUUUGGUAAAUAAUAAUCCGUGCGCGUGCAAACACGAAGUGCAAGCGUGCAAGGUUGAAUCGCGGUUUGCGAAAAGAGACACGCACAAGUGUGUGUGAUAACUAUCGAUGAUAAAUAAUCGGAAGGAAAACGCGGGAUCGGAUAGACGUCGUCGUUGAAGACGCUGCGCGAGAAAAUUUUUGUUGCGCAAAACAGAAAAUUCUAUUCACGCGCGACACGGGCGUGAUUCGGUGCAACUUGCGUUUUCGAAUAUUAUUGCAGUCAGUCGUUUGCUUUCGUCAUACGUCGUUGCACGUUUAUACACGGCGCUUAGUUAACGUGCUCGCGCGUUACUAAUUCAAUUGACGUUGCGAUUAGUGCAAUUGUAACAAUUAAGCCAACAGUGUGAAGCAACUAAUAAUCCGAGUGUAUCAUAUAUAUGUAAAAAAAAAACGGAAAAAAAAAAAAAAAACAGGUGUUUCCUUUAUCAAUGAAACCUGAUCUGACAUGUCUUAUACCGAGCUGGAGCAUGGCUAUCAGGGUCUCAGGAACGCAAACAGACCAAUGUUUUACAUAGGAGAUAUAAACACAGUGCAGCCACCUGUUAUUCCUUCCAUUUAUUGUUCAUCGCAGAGACCUGAAGCAGAAGAAAACAUCCAGGAUGAUGGUUACAUGGCUGAUACUGAAGGAGAGGGAAAGCAAGUGUUGGUUGGAGUGUGUGCGAUGGCGAAGAAAUCGCAGAGUAAACCGAUGAAAGAGAUUUUGACAAGGCUUGAGGAGUUUGAAUAUAUAAAAAUUAUUGUCUUUCGGGAAGAAGUGAUAUUAAAGGAACCUGUUGAAAAUUGGCCUGUAGUCGACUGUUUAAUAAGUUUUCACAGUAAGGGUUUUCCUCUCGACAAGGCUAUAAAUUAUGCGAAUUUACGUAAUCCAUUUAUUAUCAAUAAUCUUCCGAUGCAAUAUGAUAUUCAGGAUCGGAGAAGAGUUUACGCUAUACUUGAGGGCGAGGGUAUCGAAAUUCCACGAUACGCCGUUCUCGACAGGGAUUCGCCAGAUCCGAAACAGCACGAACUGGUGGAAUCGGAAGAUCACGUUGAAGUAAAUGGCGUUACUUUCAACAAACCAUUUGUAGAAAAACCAGUAUCCGCCGAAGAUCAUAACAUUUAUAUUUAUUAUCCCACUUCCGCUGGAGGGGGUAGUCAAAGAUUAUUUAGAAAGAUAGGUAGUCGUAGUAGUGUAUAUUCGCCGGAAUCUCGUGUUCGUAAGAGUGGUUCUUAUAUCUAUGAAGAUUUUAUGCCUACGGACGGCACUGACGUUAAAGUUUAUACCGUGGGACCUGAUUACGCUCACGCCGAGGCGAGAAAAAGUCCGGCGCUCGACGGUAAGGUCGAGAGAGACUCGGAGGGCAAAGAGAUUCGUUAUCCGGUAAUAUUGAGCAACGCCGAGAAGCUUAUUAGCAGGAAAGUGUGUUUGGCUUUUAAACAAACGGUAUGCGGUUUCGACUUGUUAAGAGCGAACGGUCAGUCGUUCGUGUGCGACGUGAAUGGGUUCAGUUUCGUGAAGAACUCGAACAAGUAUUAUGAUGACUGCGCCAAGAUCUUAGGGAAUAUGAUACUGAGAGAAUUGGCACCUACCUUGCACAUUCCAUGGAGCGUUCCCUUCCAAUUGGACGAUCCGCCCAUUGUGCCAACGACAUUUGGCAAAAUGAUGGAGUUACGUUGCGUCGUAGCGGUUAUUAGGCACGGUGACAGAACGCCAAAGCAAAAGAUGAAGGUGGAAGUACGUCAUCCAAAAUUUUUCGAAAUAUUCGCAAAAUACGAUGGCUACAAGCAUGGUCACGUAAAACUCAAGCGACCGAAACAGCUGCAAGAGAUUCUCGAUACGGCGCGUAGUCUAUUAUCGGAAAUACAGCAUCGCGCGGCAGGACCGGAGUUGGAAGAGAAGCAAGGGAAAUUGGAACAACUCAAAAGCGUCUUGGAAAUGUACGGACAUUUUUCCGGUAUAAAUCGCAAGGUCCAGCUGAAGUAUCAACCGCGAGGAAGACCACGAGGAAGUUCUUCCGACGACGGUAGUGAUCUUAAUCGAUUAGGAGAACCGUCUCUUGUUCUGAUACUGAAGUGGGGUGGAGAAUUGACGCCCGCCGGACGCAUACAAGCGGAAGAACUCGGACGAAUCUUUCGCUGCAUGUAUCCCGGUGGUCAAGAGGAAGAAACAGAGAUGUUACCAAACCACGGUGAAUACGCAGGUGCUCAAGGACUGGGUUUGUUACGACUGCACUCGACGUUCCGUCACGAUUUGAAGAUAUACGCCAGCGACGAGGGACGUGUUCAAAUGACCGCGGCUGCUUUCGCCAAGGGAUUGCUCGCGCUGGAGGGAGAACUGACGCCUAUUUUAGUGCAAAUGGUGAAGAGCGCGAACACCAAUGGCCUGUUGGACAACGACUGCGACAGCAGCAAGUACCAGAAUAUGGUGAAAACACGCUUGCACGAGCUGCUUCAACAAGACAGGGAAUUUACUCGCGAGGAUCGAGAACAGAUCAAUCCGGGGAACGCGUUGAGCAUCAACGCAGCGUUGGAUUUUGUCAAGAAUCCUGUUCGAUGUUGUCAACACGUUCACAGUCUCAUUCAGAAGCUUCUGGACAUUAUACGGAUUAAAAAGGACGAUGCGAAAACGAAGGACACCAUACUCUACCACGGCGAAACGUGGGAGCUGAUGGGACGUCGCUGGGGAAAGAUCGAAAAGGAUUUUUGCACGAAGAACAAGCGUUUCGACAUAUCAAAGAUUCCCGAUAUCUAUGAUUGCAUCAAAUACGAUUUGCAGCACAACAAUCACACGUUGCAGUUCGAGCACGCUGAGGAACUGUACACGUACGCGAAAUCUUUGGCGGAUAUAGUGAUUCCUCAGGAAUAUGGUUUGACGGUGCAAGAAAAAUUAACCAUUGGUCAAGGAAUUUGCACGCCUUUGCUGAAGAAAAUACGAGCUGAUCUGCAACGAAAUAUCGAGGAAUCCGAGGAAACUGUCAAUAGACUGAAUCCUAGAUAUUCUCACGGUGUUUCGAGCCCUGGACGUCAUGUGCGAACGAGAUUAUACUUCACGAGUGAGAGUCACGUACAUUCCCUGCUUACGGUGUUGCGUUACGGUGGUUUGCUUGAUGUUGUGAAAGAUGAACAAUGGCGACGCGCAAUGGAAUACGUUAGUAUGGUAUCCGAGUUAAAUUACAUGUCGCAGAUCGUCGUUAUGUUGUACGAGGAUCCAACGAAAGAUCCGAGCAGCGAAGAACGUUUUCACGUGGAAUUGCACUUUAGUCCCGGCGUUAACUGUUGCGUACAGAAGAACCUGCCACCCGGUCCUGGAUUCAGACCACACUCGCGGAAUGAGAGCAGUCAUAAUGUAAAAUUUCUUUUUGAUUUUUUUAAGGAGGAAAAUCGCGGUUCCGGUCAGGACACUAGUUCACAAUGCAGCACCCGGAUAGAGGAGGAAGAAUUGGGAGCUACGGAGGACGAUCUUACGAAUCCCGUUGUACAAACUGAUACACCUCCUUCGGAGUUUGUAGACGCUAUAGAGACGAUGGAUGCCACGCCGGACAGUCCAACGACCAGUCGCGCGAUUGACAUGAUGGAUCUAGACCCGAGUAUGAUGGACGAGCCGUACGACAGCGGAUUCUUACAAAGUUCCGCUCCAAUUCCUAUCAGCGCUAGAACUGUGGCCGGACACGAGGCCGAUAGGCUCGCGAAGAUCGGCACCUUGUUGGCGAUGAACUGUCAACGAUACCGCGAGAGGAGAAACAAAGAGGGAAGAACCAUCAUGGAACCGCGCGCGCGAAGCUACGAUCAUCAGCGGCAGGAGAAGUCCGAGAAAGCGGGAUCGAGGAGACCUCGGCAGAUACUGGCGCGGUCGCACAGCUCGCCGGAGUUUCCGGAGAUCCUGCGAAAAGACUUCGCUCUCUCGUGCUCGUUUUUCCGUGCGCACGGCACCAGACCGCUCUUCACUCGUAGGUCGCACUUCUACUCGAAGCACUGGAAGAUCAACAGCCAGGAUCUUUAUCUUGCCGACAUUGAUGCUAUAAUCGCGAGCUACUACACGCGACCUCAGAUCAUUCAACCUGAUCCUACCUGCACAGUAUCAAGGCGCCAGCGUCACAGUAUCUCCGGACAGACGAGUUAUUUCAAGCUGUUGGACUACAGUGUCAACAAAAAGCUUACCGGCUCGGCCAACAGCCUCUUCAGCACCGCUGUGAUAAGUGGUUCCUCGAGCGCGCCAAAUCUCAAGGAUAUGGUACCGCCCCACGCGUCCGCGGUUGCCGAAGGCUUUGGUGGUGUACCACCCAUCAGGCCGUUAGAGACUCUGCACAACGCGCUGUCACUACGUCAACUGGACUGUUUUCUGGAGAUGAUGACCACCGCGCCGCUAUACCGGACCCCAGCGUCGUCGCCGCCCAAGUCGUCGCCGGCCGGAUCGACGCACGAGUCGCUCAAUCCGUCUCUCAGCUCCGUCGGGAUCAGUCGCGAGUACCACUCUUCCGACACCGAAGCUGUCAGGUACAUAACACCGACUCCGAUACAGUACAAGUCCGGUGAAGCGGAAACGUGUGACAUAAGGAACGUGCCGUCACCUACCAGUCCGAUCAGCACAGGAUGGAGCAGCGAACCGCAGUCUUUUCUAUCGUCCGAACCAUCGUCACCGGCACCUACAUCCACGGGCGAAUGCAGCAUGUCUAUAAGCUUGAUCAGCAACGACGGUGCUCAACUGUUUAGCACCGCGCGGAAAUUCUCCCCGACUCCUUGCCUGGACGUCGAUUUUAACGAAUUUUGUAUGCGCCUCGAUCGAGAGAAUCGCGAAAGUCGCGGCAGCGUCUCAUAUACGGAUUAUUACAGCAACGAGGACGGUCAGAUACGCAAAUUAACGCAGAUGCCGCAAGCGGUACAGUCAAGCGUUACGGCCGACGCGCUUCACUGUACUUGCGAUCUGAUCUGCGACGAUGACGACCACACGUUGACUCUGAAGCAGACCGAAGAGCAGAAGAAGCAAGACGUUAAAUCGAUAUUUGAGCAGAAGGACGACGUUAAUCCCACCAAGUUGAGCGGCAGCUACAAAAAGAUCGGACGUUUCCGAGUGGAAAGCAUGGAUGUUUCGCAAGUUGAUGUGAGGAUCAAGGAGACCGACGAAACUUCCGAUCGAACCCGAACGUCCACUUCUCUGAAAUCGGAUUCUCUUAACACGAGAAAAUCCACCGUUGAGAAAGCGAGAGAAGAAUUCAGACAGAGCAUUGAAGCGCACGCCGGCACGCAGAAGCGAAAGAACUUUUCGCGAUCGCAAAGCGUCACGGCGCCGAAGUCGGUCGCGUCGAAGACCCAGUCUAAUUUCGGUUACUCGAGACAGAGCUCGUUUUCGACCAUGUCGGUUGUAGACCUGGAGAAUCUGAAGAUGGAAGAUUUGGCCCAGAUGAUCUCGAGCAGAAAGGAACCUACAGUCACAAUGGCCGGCAGUUUCACGGAUAAAUCGAACGUUACCAUAGGUUUCGAGAUCAAAAAAGAACAAAAGAAAGAAGAGGAAAAAUAGACGUUCCUUCGAUUCUCUUAAUUUCUUCUUCUUCGCUUGUUUUUGCAGGAUAUUGGGAUUAAUUUUACAACAUACAGAUUAAAGACUAGAAAUAAAUUUUUUAAUUAGUUUAUCUCAUUAUUUUCCCGUUGACUGCUGAGAACAGUAUUAAACAAGUGCGCAAACAUUCUAUUAAAAUUGAAAGAUACAAAAAAAAUGAAGCUUAUUCAUAUUUAAGAUCAAAAUGCAACGGAUUUUUUACAUUCUUUUAUUACGGUAAGAUAUUAAAUAAAAUUGUACAUAUGAUAUUAUUAUUUUUCUUUUAGCUCAAGAGAAACGUGAGAGAAAAGAUAAAAUAGUACUUAAUUCAAUGGAAUUUAUUUCGCGUUGUCAAAAAUAUAAUUUUAUUUUAAAUAUAAAAAGAUAUUUUUUAAAAUUUAACUUCAAUAUACAAGAAAGUGUAAAAACUGUUUGAGAUUAACAAUUUUAUGAACACCUUACGAAAGAAAUAUCGAAUUAAUUUAUCGAUAAUAAAAACUAAAUAAAUAAAUAAAUUUCUUAUUUUUUUUGUAAGGAAAAUAUCUUUGUUGAAC